AGUUUGUCAGUAAGAAAGUAAGCACAUUGUGUUCAUUGUAAAAAUUACGAUAUUCGAAGUUUAUAUUUUAAGUCGUGCGGCAUCUGCACGAUGUUUCCGUCGUGUAUGUCUCUUCUGCCGCGCAGGAACGAGCCGAGACCUCCGCGGCCGGGGCAGGCGCCCGUCGUACUCAAUGUUUACGACAUGUACUGGACGAACUGGUACACGGCGGGCGCGGGCGUGGGCGUGUUCCACAGUGGCGUGCAGGUGCACGGCUCCGAGUGGGCGUACGGCGGCCACCCGUACGCCUUCACCGGCGUGUUCGAGAUCGCGCCGCGCGACGAGCGCGAGCUGGGCGAGCAGUUCCGGUUCAGGCAAAGUGUACACAUAGGAUACACGGACUUCAGCGAAGAGGAAGUGAGACGUCUCGUGACGGAACUUGGCAAGCAAUUCCGCGGUGACAGAUAUCACUUAAUGAAUAACAAUUGCAACCACUUCACGUCCGCGUUUUGUUUGGCGCUAUGCGACCGAGAUAUACCGGCGUGGGUGAACCGACUCGCCUACGUCAGUUCCUGCGUACCUUUCUUACAACGCUGCUUGCCAAAGGAGUGGUUGACCCCGGCGGCGCUGCAGCACUCGCUGGCGGCGCACUCGCGCUCCUCCUCGCCCACCACGCCCUCGCCCACCACGCCGCACUAGCGCCACGAGAGUCUGCGGCGCUGCAGAUACCAGAAAUAACGUGUUGUGCGUAAUAUUUAGGUGUAAUUCUAGUUGACACUCCAUUUGGCGCAUUGUCGAUAGUAGUUCUUAUAAUUAUAAUAAAUAUGUUAUCUGUAACAACGAAAAAAUGCAAAUAAAUAAAAUAGUAUUCCAGUUUUAAAACCGAAAAAAAUUAUGAAUGAAACAGAAGUUUAUCAUUCAUAAAAAUAUAAAUGUUGUAUUCCAGUUAAAUCAGAAAUAGGCGAAAAAUAAAUGGUGUUUUAUCACUAAAAUUAUUUGCUUUUUAACUGAAAAUAUUAACAAAAUUAUAUCAACAUAUGUAACUCUGGUAUAGACCUUGUUAAACACGCCUAAUUAAAACAUCAGAAAAAAAAUUGACUGAAUUUGAUAUACUUUUUUGCUAAUAAAAAAAAAUAUGAUACCAUAAUAAUAUCAGACAAAAAAAAAAAUUAAAAAACAAAAAAGCACAGAAGUAUUAAACUAAACGAAUUGUAUUGUAAUAAAAAUUAAAAAAUGCACUGC